AAGAUUAUCUCGUAUUCUCUAAAACUUGCACACUCGCUGGUUUGGUUUCUAUUUCAAUUACUGCCCUCCACCAUGGCCACACUGACGACGACGACGACGACGACGACGACGACAGUAUCCUCACAGUUACCCUCACUUCAAUCCCACAAGCACUUCUCUGUUAGAAGCUACUGCAGUUAUGUUCCAGUUUUACAAAAACCGACAAUAGUUUGGUUCUCUACCAAACCCCAUGUCCUGUGUAGUGGGACAAGCCUCAAGUAUCUUCCUGCUAUCUGUUCCGUAUUGUCCGGCACAGAAGACGUUGAAGUAUCCUCCACUCAAUCUGAGGAUGUGUCUGUUGAUGCUACUACUUCAGGUUCUGAUGAUGGAGAAUUAAAGAUAAGCGUAGAGGUAUCUGGGGCCAAAACUCAAGUAAUAUUUGAUGCUGUUUUUGACAAAAUGGUUGCUGCAGCCCAGCCAAUACCUGGAUUUCGAAGAGUGAAAGGAGGGAAAACACCAAAUAUACCUAGAGAUGUUUUGCUCGAGGUCCUUGGACCGUCGAAAGUAUAUAAGCAAGUAAUCAAAAAAGUGAUCAACUCUACUGUAGCUGCUUAUGUAGAGAAGGAAUCCUUAAAAGUCAGCAAGGAUCUGAGAGUGGAGCAAAGCUUUGAAGAUCUUGAAGCCUCUUUUGAACCCGGUGAAGAAUUCUGCUUUGAUGCUGUAGUUCAUCUUCUAAAUUGAAAGAAACGUGUCUAUUUCGAUUUAUAUGUAACACAGAACCGCAGGAAGGCAGAAGCUUCACCCGUUUUAGUCAACCCAGAUCAAAGUAGCAAAGUUCGUUUCUCACAGUAAAUUAUUACAUAACCUUGUAAGGCUUGGAUUGCUGGGAAUGGGUACGUACAUUGGGGUCAAACCUUACUCUAGUCUAGAGGACUGUUACGUUUUUGUUAUUGUUUAUUAAGUGUAGGCGUGGAAGUGUAGAAAAUACCUGGUAUUGAUAGAUAUCAGAUAUGCAUUCCGAGUUUCCGACUGCCUUUAAAAAGUUGGAGCUCAGGGACCUUCAGAAUUCUUCACGGUUCUUCGAUAGAGAAAUGUAUCUUGCCACAUCUAAGCAUCCUGGA